CUCGAUUCUCCCAAAGUUACCUAAGAUGUUAUAUCCUCGGAAGGUAUUUAUUUAAUUAAUUUAUUCAUCUUCUUGGAACUAAGACAUACCUAAGUAAACACUACGUAAACAUCAACCAUACGUACCUUAGAUACCAAUAUAAAUCUUCAAAAAGGGGAACAUCAUGGCCAACUCAACCACCAACCUGCCGCUCAACGUCGGCGUCGUCGGCUACGGGUUAUCCGCUACCAUCUUCCACAUCCCAUUCAUCACGACCACCUCAACCCUAAAACUUCAUUCCAUCCUGCAGCGCAAUCCCAGCCAGUCUGGAAAGUCGGCCCCGCGUGAUCAUCCCGGCGUGAAGCAUUUCACCUCUCUCGACCAAUUUCUCGCCGACGCGGAUCUCGACGUGGCCGUCAUCACCACUCCCCCCGAGACGCACUUCUCGUUUGCCCAGCAGGCCCUGCAAGCAGGAAAGCAUGUCCUCGUAGAGAAGCCCUUCGUCCCGAGCGUGUCCGAGGCCGAUGCCCUGAUCAAACUCGCCAGAGAAAAGGGUCGAUUGAUCUGCGUGUACCAGAACCGCAGAUGGGAUAGCGACUUUCUAACAGUGCGGAAGCUAUUGGCCGAUGGCACGCUAGGUCGAAUCGUCGAAUUCGAGACGCACUUUGAUCGCUUCCGGCUGGAGAAGCCUUCCACCUGGAAGGGCACGCUCGGCAUGGAUCAAGGCGGCUCGGCGCUCUACGACCUAGGCACCCAUCUGAUCGACCAGGCAUACGUGCUAUUCGGGAUGCCACGGAGCGUUUUCGGUAUCCUAGCCAGCCAGCGGGACGGCCUCUUGUUGGGCCCGCAGAACCCAGAUCUAGAGCCCGACAGCGUUACCGCACAGCUAUUCUACGACGACGGCCUAGUCGUUUUCGUGCGUAUCGCCAGCGUGAGCGUCGAGACUCGACAACCGAGAUUCUGGAUCAGAGGUACCAAAGGUAGCUACCGCAAGGAGGGUCUCGAUACCCAAGAGCCUCAGCUCCGGUCCGGCUUGAAGACAGACGACGCUAAUUUUGGACGAGAAAGCCCGGAGUGGAAUGGAAAACUUACUCUUGUCGGUGACGACGGUAGUUUUCGUGUGCAAGACUGUCCGAACGUGGAGCCUGAAACCUACAGCAAGCUUUUUGAGCUCUUUGGCGAGGCCCUUGUUCGAAAUCGCCAAGAAGAUUUGCCAGUUCCGGCAUCGCAAGCGAGAGAUGUCCUACAAAUCAUUGAGGCAACUAAAGAAAGUGCGAGAAGCCAGCGCCAGAUUCAACUUUCUCAGUGAAACGUCUCUCCCGCGAUUCUUUCUUCAAUAGUAUCGAACCAGUUUUUAUAUGCUGCCUCUGUCGCCUUGUUCAGGGGUUGAGUCCCAAAGAGCCUCAUACAUCAUGGUACAAAUAGCCUACUAUCAUUUUAGGACCUCCAUAUCUCCCCCAGAGCCCAAGUCACACCCUUUCUUUAUAGAGGGAAGAUGAUAUUAUAUUCGAUGCAUCAUCUCAGCGUCCGAGGAGCCUCAUACGCCACGACUCAAUGCUUCAGAGAGCAUCAUAUACAUCCUGUAGCACAUGUUCUUUCAAGAACGCAAGUAUAUCAUCAAUUCUCACGAUCAAUAAUCACCGUUUCUGAAACCUGCUCUAUCAACUCACCUGUGAUUUACGUGAAAGCUGUUUCGCUUAUUCCGGCCUUUCCGUCGACUGCCCAGGGCGUACGUUUUAUGUGAUCGUCGACA